AUGAAAUUGAAACAACAAAGUGAAGAACAAAAAAAAUAUACAUUAUUCGUACCAUGUCCACGUUUUAUUCAUCAAGAAAGUCGUGAUAUUUUCAAGCAAGGUUUUCAAGAUUUGUGGAAGAAAUAUUUUGGUAAUGAAUCACAAACGAAACAUGUACAAAUCAAAUGGAUAGAACGAACAACAACUCCUCUAGCAAAAAGUGAUUUUCUGAUCAACAAACAACCACCACUUCGUCUGUUAACUUUAUCGAAAAGUGAAGUCAAUAAAAAGAGAUAUCAUUCUAUGGAUCGUCUUUAA